AUGGUUGGUGCGCUCUGGUCCACUCAUGGUGGCAGCGACGUCGCGCUGUGCUCGUCGGAGCAGCUCGCCUCGCCUGGCGUGCGCCCACCGCCCUUCCUCCAGGCGCGCGCUGCCGCCGCGUGGGCGGAACUGAAGCGGCAGAUCCGCACCUGCUUCUCCUGUGCCUACUUCUGCUCCAUCGCACGGACUCGUGCCCCCACGGCAUGGAUGGUGCAAGGAAUGUGGGCUUAUCGUGGGCCACCAGUGGGUCCGCACUCCUCACGCCCUCCCCCUCGCUCCCCUCCUCACGCUCAUGCAUGCAACAUGUGCUCUGCACCGCAUCUGCAUGCCAUCCUCUCCCUAUCCUCCCCCCCUCCCCUGUACAUUCAUACAUACGUUUAUUAUGCAAAAGCCGCCUCUUUCCCUCCCUUCCGCAUCCUUUCGCCCUCCUUUCUCCAUCCGUUCUCCCCCGUUCCCCCUCCGUUCUCCGCCUUUCCCCCUCCGUUCCCCGCCUUUCCCCCUCCGUUCUCGCCCUUUCCCCCUCCGUUCUCCGCCUUUCCCCCUCCGUUCUCCCCCUUCCCCCCUCCGUUCUCCCCCUUUCCCCCUACUUUCUCCCCUUUUCCCCCUCCGUUUCCCCCCUUUUCCCUCUGUUGUCCCCCUUUCCCCCUGAGUUGUCCCCCUUUCCCCCUCCUUUCUCCCCUUUUCCCCUUUCGUUCUCCCCCGUUCUCCCUCCAUUCUCCCCCCUUCUCCCUCCAUUCUCCCCCUUUCCCCCUCGAUUCUCCCCCUUUCCCCCUCGAUUCUCCCCCUUUCGUGAAAUGA